AUUUGCACUGGGGUGGGGUGGGGUGGCAUGGAUGCGCUCGUCUCGGCGGCGUUGGAGGAGGUGUGUGCCCGCCUCUCUGUCGGCCUCCCAGUGGCAGACCUCUGGCCCGCACUCUCCGGCGCGUUCCGGGUGGCCGGCCUCCCCCCCGACCUACCCGUCAAGCGCGUCCUCUUUGCCCGUCUCAUGGCGCUCCCUGUCAUCAACCUCGUGGAGGGUGAGCCGCCACGGCUCGUCCAAUUGCCGGACAAGGACGUGGAGGUGGCCGAGCGGCGUGGCGCUCUACUGCUCGCCACCCCGGAUCUCAGGGACAACUUCCUCGGGCUGUACGACCACCGCCACUCCUCUUCGAGGCUAUCUGACAAGCAGAGGAAGACGCUAGAAUAUAUCGGGGAAGCCAGGACUUCUUGUGUAACACAGAGAGAUCUAGCCCAGAAAUUGGAGAUGCAACCAAAGAACUUUCAUUUUAUUGUAAAGAGCCUUGCAUCACAACGGUUGAUAGUUAGCCAACAAACUAUCAUAAAGGGUAAAGACAAUGGGGCUGAGGCUUCACGGAAUAAGAAGGUUACUAGCACCAACUCACUAUAUCUGUCCCGAUAUGCCAAAGGCAUGAACAUGAAUUCACACCAAAGAAUUGAGAUUACAGAGCUGGGGACUAAUGAACCCAAUGAAGAGGCCAAUAUAGAUGCUUUGCAAGAAGAUGGAGCUUUUGGUGUAAAUUUCAAGAAUGACAUAUCCGUUCAUGAUUAUCUUCCAGCAAUGGAAGCCAUAUGUGACAAACUUGAAAAUGCCAGUGGAAAGGCUCUUGUUGUGUCAGACAUAAAAAUUCAUUUAGAUUACAAGAUGGCAAAUGGACAUAGAGCAUGGAGAAAUGUAUUGCAUAAGCUAAUAGACGCACAGCUUGUCGAAGAAUUCAGUGCCGAAGUUGAUGAUAAGGUUGUUCGCUGUUUACGCCUGUUGAAGAAAUUUGAUCCAGUUGAGUUUCAACCGAGAAGUACAAUCCCAGACUACAAAAUUGGCCAGAAACACCAGGCAACUGAUCAAGUCAUGGAGCUUCCAUUAGAUAUGUGUAUAUAUGAUAUGAUCAAAGCUCAAGGGUCAAAAGGUAUUACUCUUGUUGAGCUUGGCAAACGUCUUGGGCACAAGAAUUCAAGAAAGCUUCAUGAACGUGUGUCAUCCAUGUGCGAAAGAUUAAAUUUGACUUUGGUCCGUGAAGUUAAACGUAAGAUAUCUCAGUACCGAGUUUGGACUAAACAAGAUUUCCUGCACUACAAAUCUGCUACUGAUCUGCAAAGUAUCGAGAGGCUCCCAGAUGAUAAUGCCAGCUGUUCCAAUGGAUGGUCACUAGUUCCAUCUAGAGGACCUGAUAGCCUGCAUGGUGACCUUGUUGUUAAUAACAAAUUCAUGUUUGAAGAGGAAUGCCACGAUGAACCAGUUGGACAUUACCUCCAAAGCAACCAUGAAGCUGGUCUUGGAGUCAAAAAAGAUACACUUGCUUUGGGUCGUAACAAGAGGCAUCGGUUCCCCUCUUCAACUUCUGAUGAUCAACGGCAAAGAAGGAUUUUACACAUGUUGAAGAAAAAGAGGUUUGUACUAAAGGUGGAAUUACAUAAAUGGUUAGAGAGGCUCGAAAAGGAAAAUGGAGAAAUGAUGGAUAGGAAGACAUUGGCUCGCACUUUGAAUAAGCUUCAGCAAGAGGGCAGCUGUAAAUGUAUCAAAGUUAGUGUCCCUCUGGUUACAAACUACACUCGCAGUCGUCUCAUUGAUGUAAUACUGCAUUAUUCUGUUGGCAACUUGUCAGCGGAACUGGUGCAUCAAAUUAGGAUCAGACAACGGAACUUUGAUACUGAAAUUCGUUCUGGUGCAGCAGCUAAAGUGAAGCAAAAUCAACAUAAGACGGUUAUUCCCCGUCUGAUGCUUUCACGUAGAGUUAAAGAUAACAAAUCAUCAGUAACAGAAGCUAUGUAUGCCAAUGGAUUCAUAGGUGCGAAAAUGAUUCGGGCGAAGCUGUUCCAUAAAUUUCUGUGGAUUUAUGUUAGUGGUUUGCCAAAUUGCUGCAUGCCAUCUGGUUAUUCCAAAGGAGAGCAUCAUGACAAGGACCUUAAUCAAUCAUGUCUUUUAUUUUCAAUGGCAGCAGCUAUUAAUGAAAUGCCUAUCGAACUUUUUCUACAAGUUGUGGGAUCAGCGAAGAAGAUCGAUAACAUGAUAACUAAAGUGCUUUCAGAAAUUCCUCCCAAGGAAUACAACCAGCUCAUGGAUACUCAUGCCAAGGGCCGACUCUCACGCUUAAUUAACAUUUUAGAUAAGCUCAAGUUGGUCCAAUUUGCAAAAGAACCUGUAGAUGAGUGGGGUGUACCAUCAGACGCUGUGCCUACACAUGCAAUGGAGCUCAGGCCUUACAUUGAGGAACCUACACGAAGAAUCCUUCCACCAUCCUACGUUAAUGUGAAUCAUCAUCCAAAAAUUCGGCACGAUUUUGUGCUUUCAAAGCAGGAGUUUGUUGGUGCUUACUGGGAAACAUUAGAGUACUGCUAUUUAACAGCUGGCUUUGCUGAACCAUUGAGUGCCUUCCCUGGCUGCUCUGUACCUGAGGUUUCUCAUCCUCGUUCAUGGAGUUCUCGUAGAGUGAUGACUAUGGAGCAACGGCUGGAGUUACAAAAGCGUAUUGUGAACAUUAGUGAGGAGGGAAGAAUUCCUUUCAAAGAUUGUCUUGUAAUUGCAAGAGAGUUGAAUCUCUCUGUAGAGCAGGUGCUGUGUGUUUCGUCCUCUCAGAAUAGACAGCCCAGGUUUCACGCGACUCAGAAGCAGCAAGGAGCUAGUUCUGGAUCGAUCUGUCAGAAAAGGAAAAGAUCUAAUAAGGUUACCAUAAGGCUUAUUAAACAAAAAUUACAAGCCAGUGGUUCUGCUGGAAAGCUACCAGCCCAGUCUACCCAGGAUGAGGAAGUACCAGGGAGCAUUUCUGCAUCAUCCACAUCCGCUGGUAAAAAAUUCCAGUGGACGUAUGAGUCUAACAGAAAACUGCUGAUGGUAUACACUAGAUUUUGUGCAGCACGCGGACCCAAAUGUUAUUGGAACUCUAUCUCUGAUCUUCCAGCUGCACCACAUACAUGUCGUAAAAGGAUGGCAUACUUAAAUAAAAACAUAAAUGUUAGAAAAGCUGUAAUGAGAAUAUGUAGCCUUCUCAGAGAGGGAAGGAGAUCGAAAGUGAGCGAAUGCCAUUCCCAUAUUUCCAAUUCUAGCCAUGGGAACUGUGAAGAUUCAGAUUCUGAGAUAUUAAAUUGGGAUUAUUUUGAAGAUCCGGAAAUAAAAAAUGCACUUGAUGAAGUCCUUAAAUUCAUUCGAGUAGAAAAGUUGAACCAGACCAGGGAAGUUAUGCAUAAUAAUGCAAAGAGCAAUAAUGAUAAUAAUGUCAAUGAGGAAAUUCCAAGUGGGCACGAAGAGCUGGUUAUGCAAGGUGCAACAAGUACAACCACUGUAAUUCCAGAAACUGGAUCACGUGAACCUGCAAAGUUGUCUAGACAUUCAAAUGCAUCGCAUGCAAGUAAAAGCGUGGACGUACCGUGUAUAUCUCAUGAAAAGGUCAUUAAGGUCAACAAAGAUGAAAUUACUAGAAGAGAUGGAUGCAAAUCCUUAGCAGUUGCAAAUGCGAUAGAGCUUCUGAAGUUGGUUUUUCUCAGCACAUCAUCAGGAUCAGAAGUACAAGCUUCUUUAACGGCAACUCUCCAGCUAUAUUCAGAGAGUGAAAUUGUCGCUGCCUUUUCCUUUCUCAACGAGAAGAAGUUCACGGUUAGUGGAAAUGGAACAAAGCCAUACACCCUUUCACGGAAAUUCUUCUUAGAGGCUUCUCAGUCACCCUUCCCAUUUGGUUCAGGAAAAAAGGCUUCUGAAUUUUCUAAAUGGCUUAUAAGGCAGCAAAAGAACAUUACUGAUGAUAGAAUUUAUUUGUAUCCAGAAGUAGAAUGUGGGGAAAUUGUUCAUCUCUUUUCUCUGGCUUGGUUAGGAGAGUUGUCCAUUUCACCUUCCUUGCCAAGCGAAGGAGUUGGUGACACUGAUGGGCCUAAUGGCUCUAAUUCUUUGGUUGAAGAUUCCAGUGGACUGUACGAUGCCAUUCACAAACGCAAGGCUGAUAUGGUGGAACAGGAAAGCAGUGCAACUAAGAAACACAAACCUUGUUAUCGCCGCGAGAAAGGUUUCUCUGGUAUCCAAGUUGCUCUAAAUCAAGAGGAAAUUCAAACAAGCCAUCUCACGCAAGUGUUACAUGACGAAGAGUGCCUUAUUUUUAGUUCAGCCAGGGAAAUGAGCAGAAAUGAUGUUGAUGCUCAGGCUGAGAGCCAGAACACGUUACUGUAUUUAAAUAACUCCGGUUCAUGUCGGCGUAUGCUGUCUGAAUCUCAGUUGGAAAACUCUUAUAACGGAUGGCCUUGGGAUGCUAUGAAAACAUAUGCUGAUCAGUUACAGUCAUCAUCUUGUAAUCAAACUGAAUCAUGCAUAUUGUCUUCUGAUCUGUUCAGAAAUGCAUUUUGUGUUAUUCAUCAAGGUGGCGAAGGAGGAGUUAAUCUGACAGAAUUGUCACAGGAACUGCACCCAUUAGGUACCUGCUGUCUCAUGAAUAAACAUUUGCAUAAGGUACAGUCUUUGUUUUGGGGAGGUAUAAUUCAUUCCUGUUUGAUCUUAUGCACUGCAGGCACACGGUUAAUUGAUGUGAUUGUUCAUACACUCAAGAGAUUUCAUCUGGCCAUGGAGGUCAAUGCGUAUGAUGGUUUCCAGAUCGUUGACUCAUUACAUAAAUCAAAGUAUCAUCUAAGCACACUUGCAGAAUACAGCAACUGCAGCUGUUCACGAGAUCCAGCUUCUCAAUUAGGGGAGACUGGAGGCGCGGAAAAUAUACUGAAAGAGAAGCAUGCCAUGUCUAGUGAGCAGGGAACUGUAAAAAUGCUUGGUGAUGGGCACACUGUCACAGUUCUUAGUGUUCAACGCAAGUCGAGCUCAUCUCAUACGUGCAGUCAAAAUCCAGGAGAUAAGGAAGCAAUGUCUACUCCAUCAGAAGACAGCAGGGAGAGUGAUUGCCGCCAUGCUUGUGAAAGGCAUAUCUAUCACCCUAUAUUACCAUGGAUAAAUGGUGACGGCAGUACAAAUAGUACCGUCUACGAAGGUUUAACUCGUCGUAUUAUUGGCUACGUCAUGCAGUACCCAGGAAUAGUAGAGGAGGAUGUUAUCCAUCAGAUGGAAGUAUUGAAUCCUCAGACAUGCAGGACCAUAUUGAAAAAGCUGACGCUUGAUAGGCACCUCUAUGUCCGCGUGUCCGGAGAACCUGUGCAUGUGGCUCCCACCAUAUUACAGAGUCUUUUCAGUCAGGGCAGUAGUACAGAACCAUCCAAGCGUAGAAGGCGUUACUUCGCUAACCCAGCGAGCACAUUCAUGUUAUAAGAGAAAUUUAGUUUUGGGCGCAAAGUUUGAAAAAUGUUCCUUGUCCAAUUGUGAAAUGUUACCGUGAACGUAUUCUUCGUCAUCUGUAGGCUAGCUGCGUAGUGUAUUUUCCAUAUGGUGUAAUGCAGGGCCGUCGCUCAGCCCUUAGUCCAAAACUCAUAUGAUUUAUUUUUCUUAUUUUUUCUUAAAUCAUGGCCCAAUUGAGCCUGGUGGGUUGAUACA